AUGGGAACAGUAGAUUUGGCGAAUGCAUUGGUGCAAUGGGUACUCGCCGCCGGGAUUGAGGAUCAGGACCAGUAUGAGGACAUGGUGUGGAACAAGACUAAAGAGGUCAUGGCGGAAUUUGUGGACUACAUGGAGCGCGACGAUAUAACACUGUAUGCAUCGAAUUGUGAUAACAAAGGAUGGGAGCACCAGAACUACCCCGCCGGUGUGCGCGGAGUAGGACAAACGGUGGGCGAUAAAAUUGUAUGCGUACUGAUGGUAGGGGCCUUAUUUUUCAUGAAUGGGUGGACUAGUACAGAAAGUACUCGACAGCGGGAAGAUGACACCAGUGAAAGAAUAAGGGCGCACUUGCUAUGUGCAAUAGUACAUAUGUUCAGUCAAGUAUUACACGAAUCCGUGUGCAGGAGUAGGUGGGGAAUAUUUUAUGCAUGGUACUCAAUGGAACAAAUGGACACUGGGCCAGGAAGUUUUCCGGCAGGUUUAAUAAAGAAGGGAACAUGUGGUAGAAACAUAUCUUCGGAUGUACAAAUAAGGGACCUUGAGUUAAAUGCGGAAGUAAAGAAAUGGUUAGGGCAAAAUAGUACACUCAAAAAGGCAAUAACGAGAGUACAAGGACAUGCACUGUGCACGACGCGCUGGCAGGACGCAUGGAGCAUAGACGAAAUCCUAGGGAAUGGCACUAUACAGGAUACGCAAGGGCUGCCGAUUGCUCCGAUAGUCCAUGAAUUGAAGGAAGGAAUCAACGAACUAUUUACGGAAAUCGGGAAACAGGCAGCGGACAGCAUAGAAAAAAGGGAACAGGUGAAGAAAGCGCAGUUAGAGAAGGAUGACAAGAACGGACAGGAACGCGCCUCCAAUGCAGCAACACAAGCGCCAGCAAAACCGGUAGCACCGACAGCAAAGGAAACACCACAGGGACCGACAGCGGGGAAGGACAAGGAGAAAAAAGAGGACGCCAAGAAGUCAACAGAAGGCACUACUAAGGACAAAAGUAGUGAGAAGGGGCAACCACCGGCGGUUCAGUCACCAGGGGUUUCAGGUACAGGCAGUACACCGGCACCUGAAUCACAGGCACCAUCCGGGGGAGUAGGAAGGACAGAUGCCACAGCGUCCGAGGACGUACCACGACCCCCGCCUGCGUCACCAUCUCAUCCAGUCCCAGAUGAGGCAAAAAGUGAUGCAAGACCCGCUGGACCAAAGGGAGCCAGCGGGCAAGGACCGGACAAAAGGGCAAAGGAUGAUCAGACACCAGCAUCAUCAGCAGACCCUGAUUCUAAGGCGAAGGAUGAUAAAGAUACAGAAACUAAGGAGGGUGUGCAUGAUGGGAAUCGCGUAAGCGUAAGUGUCAGUUUCGGAAGCUCUUCUACCUCAUCGGAGUGUUCAGGAACUGAAGCAGGGGCAAACAAAGAGACAACGGAUCAAACAAAACCAGCAGAACCAGCAGCAGCAGGGGGAUCUGAUCCAAAACCACCACCAACAACCAUAACAACAGCAACAGAAACAACAUCAACCGAAACACCAGGGGCCGGUAACACGCGUGACAAGAAGGAUGACGACUCCGGCGCAGCCAUCGUCGAUGGCGACAAUGAUGACCCCCCUCCUCUCAAUCCGCCCAAACCCAAACCCAACCCGAACCCAAAUCAAUCGGGUUCCGAAGGCGGCCCAACCAGCGGCGAAGCGCCCUCAGGAGGUGGUAUUUCUGGUGGGGAAGUAACGGCAGAUGGUAGUGGCAGUGGUGCAGGUGCUGGAGCUGGUGGUGGUGGGGCAAGUGGAGCAGGUUCCUCUGGUCCGAGUUCUACUGGUCACCAAAGCCCAGGUUCUUCAGGACCAGGUUCCACGGGUAGUACUACUACGGGUGGAUCCUCGCGUUCAGGAGGUAGUACGACCGGUGAAAUACAACCUACCCUUCCCCCUCCAUCGAAACCCUUCGACCCUCGAGACCUUAUCCCGUACACCCCCGCGAUCAUUCCCGCGGUGGUUGGUAUUGGGGUCAUUGCGUUCUUCCUAUGGAAGUACUUUGCGUACCUCGCCAAACGACGACGCACUUUUCGCACCGUUCGUGACGUGCCGUCACCGCCACUCGACGAAGAAAUAUUGGAGCAUCUACAACGCGGCGAACUACCGCCACCCGCUUACGGUUACACGAUGGUUACGCAACCUGCGUCAAUAUCCGGUAGAGCACGCCCCCCACGCGUGCAUAAGCGCACCAUCAUCGAGCUACAUUUAGAAGUGCUCAACGAAUGUGAAGCGACCGAGUGGGAUACGGUGAAAGAGGACUAUUGGCAGAUACUGGUGGAGCAGUUUGCGCGAGACUUGGAGCCCGCUGCAAACGGGCACAGUAGUUCCACGGUGUGUGCUGCGCACCUCGAUUCACCAAACGACGAUGCGACAACGCGGGAUGCACCGAUUGACUGCGGACCAUAUCAAUGUCCAGUUGAUGAAGAUGACCCAUGGGGUUGUAUGGAAUACAUACAGUUACCAACGGACCCUUGUCCACCGCAUCAACAGGACCCCGAUCCAUGGAGUUGUAUGGAAAACAUACAGUUAGAUUCACAACAGAAUGCUCGUUCCAACCCCGCGCACGCGACGUCGGAAUGCACCCACUGGAUGCACUGGAUUGACCGCAACAAAGAUAUUCUGCGGGAGUGCACGACGCAGCCGUGGUUUUUGCAAUUGAAAUCGGAUUGGAAACAAUAUUAUCAACAACAUGCGACAGACGCAGCAUCCAGUGAGAACAGGGCAGCCGCAACCAUGGAAAGGAACAAAUUGCAUGCAUGGAACGCAUGGGUUGCAAAGCAACAUGCGCUUAUGAAUACAUAUAGUGAAGAGGAGUGGUUUCAACAUUUGUUAGAGAAUAUCGAAGAGCACAUACCAGCAACAGGCGACGUUCCUGCAGUUGACACAGACUUAGAAGUGGAAAAAGUAAUGGCCGCAGACGAUAUACUCAGAGUGAAAGUUGCACCAUGCACGCAACUGCAUAAGCAACCUUACAUGAAACAACCGUUAACCGCUAAAACAUGGAUACUGAUCCUUGCGUCCGUAAUCGAAGAAUGCGAAAUCGAGAAUAUUAUGCAACAGACGGAGUUAUAUGUGGAUGACCUAUUGCAACAGUGUUAA